CUCAUCAAGUAGAAACUCCAUUAACAAGAUUGCGUCCUCUUUCUCCUUCUCCUUCUUCUCUCAAAUUUUCAAAUCUGUACUUCCUGUCAAAAGAAGAAACUCCAAAGCAUUUUUGCUGUAAAAUCUCAAUGUCUGCCACUUAAAUAUAUACAAUAAUGGUGCACUGAGUCUGUGUAAAGUAGUUAAACCACCUUUCCCUAGAAAAUAAAAAUUCGUUUUUCUAAUCUCUUUUUCAGAAAACGUUAAAGACAUGGGUCAGGUCAAGUUGAUGUAGUAAAGGUCAGAACCAACGUGAGAGAGAGAGAGAAAAAAAAAAGUUCGUUAGCUUGUGAUUCUUGUCACAAGUUUCCUCACUAUAUUUAUAACUACCUUGCUGAAGAGAAAACCCUCAAAACUUCAAAACAAAGAAUAUGUCAAUCUCUUGCACUAGAAACUUCUUCGAAAGAUUCUGCGUCGAAGGAUUCAAUAUGGACGCAAGAAAACACAGCAGUUUCCUCUCUGCUGAUCUCUUGCCAUCUCUUGGAGCAAGAAUUAACCAAUCAACCAAGCUUCGCAAACACAUAAUCUCUCCUUUUGAUCCACGUUUCAGGGCAUGGGAGAUGUGGCUGGUCAUCCUUGUCAUUUACUCGGCUUGGAUUUGUCCUUUUGAGUUUGCAUUCAUCACCUACAAGAAAGACGCACUAUUCAUAGUAGACAACAUUGUCAAUGGCUUCUUUGCUAUUGAUAUUGUUCUCACCUUCUUCGUUGCGUAUCUAGACAGCCACUCUUAUCUUCUAGUCGACAAUCCUAAGAAAAUAGCUAUAAGGUACCUUUCUACUUGGUUUGCCUUUGAUGUCUGCUCCACAGCUCCGUUCCAGUCACUGAGUCUCCUAUUCAACUACAAUGGAAGUGAAAUAGGAUUCAGAGUUCUUAGCAUGCUCAGGCUCUGGCGUCUAAGACGAGUUAGCUCCCUCUUUGCAAGGCUUGAGAAAGACAUCCGCUUCAACUACUUCUGGACGCGUUGCACAAAGCUCAUCUCGGUCACACUCUUUGCAGUACAUUGUGCUGGAUGCUUCAACUACCUCAUUGCAGAGCAAUACCCUGAUCCAACAAAAACAUGGAUAGGAGCUGUGUACCCAAAUUUCAAGGAGGCAAGCCUUUGGAGCAGAUAUGUGACUGCUCUAUACUGGUCUAUUACAACAUUAACAACAACAGGAUAUGGAGACUUACAUGCUGAGAAUCCAAGAGAAAUGUUGUUUGAUGUCUUUUACAUGCUCUUCAACUUGGGAUUCACAUCUUACCUGAUUGGUAACAUGACCAACCUAGUUGUUCACUGGACUAGCCGCACCAGAACCUUUAGAGAUACUGUUAGAGCUGCUUCGGAGUUUGCAUCAAGAAACCAACUCCCACCAAACAUACAAGACCAGAUGUUAUCACACAUUUGCUUGAAGUUCAAGACAGAGGGUCUUAAACAGCAGGAGACUUUGAAUAGUCUGCCUAAAGCGAUUCGGUCAAGCAUUGCAAACUAUCUAUUCCUCCAUAUCCUUCAGAAGGUCUAUCUCUUUGAAGGAGUUUCUCGCAACUUCCUCUUUCAGUUGGUUUCAGAUAUUGAUGCUGAGUACUUCCCACCCAGAGAAGAUGUGAUUCUACAGAACGAAUCUCCUACUGAGCUUUACAUUCUAGUCUCAGGGGCAGUGGGUUUUACUGCUUACAUUGACGGUGAAAAUCAGGUACAAGACAAAGCAGUAGUUGGAGAUGCAUUUGGAGAGAUUGGUGUUUUAUGCUCUACACCACAGCCUUUCACCGUUAGGACAAUAGAACUAUCUCAAAUACUACGGAUAAGCAAAAAAUCUCUCAUGAGUGCUAUGAGAGCUCAUAUUGAAGAUGGACGCAUCAUAAUGAACAACCUUUUCAUGAAACUUAGAGGGCAACAGUCAAUAGCAAUUGAUGAUGCAAACAACCAACCAGACUUCCUCCUCCAGGAGUGGCUUGGUGGUGGUCCAAAGAGAGGAGAAGGAAACGCCAGUGGUCAAGGAAAGGGGCACAAAUACUUACAAAUAAAUGAUUCAGAGAGUAUUGAUUUGGAGUCAACCAGAAGAACUCAAGAACAUAGGAUUGAGAUAGAAGAAGGGGAAAAAGCAAACAAAGAUGUUAAUGGGAAGAGUUGCUCUCAUGCAGAUCUCACUUCAUUUAAGUUUCCUUCACCGGAAACAUAUCCAUAUUGCAAAUUCAGUAAACAAGAAGCUGCUAAGCCGGAAGAUAGGAGAGUUACCAUCCACUUGAAGUCACAGGGGAAAGAUUUGUCGAAGCUCAUAAUCUUACCUGCUUUCAUGGAAGAGCUUAUGAGACUUGCAGGUGAAAAAUUUGGAGAGAGAAGCUUUACAAUGGUCACCAGUGCGGAAAACGCUGAGAUUGAUGAUGUAAAUGUCAUUAGAGAUGGUGAUCAUUUGUAUUUUUACAACAAUGAGCUUGAAAGCAUAAACUUGUGACGUGACUUCUUGUGUUAUCAAAUUUUAUAGCCUUUCCAUAAAGAUGGAGAGAGUAUAUGUAUAUC